CGCGUUCGCCAGUCGCUGUUUGGGGCGCUGGGCGCGCGGUUGUGCUCUCUCUGCUCUCGUCUCGCUGUCUCAGCCCGUCCUUUCCCGCAGCCCGGGAGAGGCUGGGCGCGCGCCCGUGUGUGUGAGCGGGACCGAGGGCAGAGCUGCCUACUCGUUGCCUUUUGUUUUUCUCUUCUUUUCUCCAAAGAACGGGGCAGUUCGCACGCUUGCCAUCCUGUAGCCCAGUUGGGAGCGGGGUUGGUGUGCGGAGUGGUUCGUCUUUUUUAUUCUUUUGAACUUGUGAGCGCUUUUUUUUUCCUUUUUGCUUUUUUAGGCUCAGUGUCGUCCGGGCUGGUUUCCCCGGCCCCUGAGUGGCCGCUUUCUGCCCCUUCUCUCGCCACCCCCCGCCCAAGGUCGCCCCUCCGCCCUCACCCCGGCCCGAGAGGGUGGGAAGCUUUGUCCCCGCCCUGCCCACUCGUGUGUCUCCGCUGCCGUAGCCGCACCUGCCUCAAUAUGAAUGGGGUCAACGACCCGCCUCUUUUUAUAAAAGACAUUAAGCCCGGACUGAAAAACUUAAAUGUCGUCUUUAUUGUCCUGGAGAUAGGACGCGUGACCAAAACCAAAGACGGCCAUGAAGUGAGAUCGUGCAAAGUAGCAGAUAAAACGGGCAGCAUCACUAUUUCCGUGUGGGAUGAGAUCGGAGGUCUUAUACAGCCGGGGGAUAUUAUUCGGUUGACCAGAGGGUAUGCAUCCAUGUGGAAAGGAUGUCUGACACUUUAUACUGGAAGAGGUGGUGAGCUUCAGAAAAUUGGGGAAUUUUGUAUGGUUUAUUCAGAAGUGCCAAAUUUCAGUGAACCCAACCCUGAUUAUCGAGGACAGCAGAACAAAGGGGCACAGAGUGAACAGAAGAAUAAUUCCAUGAAUGGUAAUAUGGGUACAGGUACAUUUGGACCAGUGGGAAACGGUGUUCAAAGUGGCCCUGAGUCAAGGGGAUGUCAGUUUUCAUAUGGUAGAAGCAAUGGCCGAGGACCUGUAAAUCCACAAAUACCAGGAACAGCUAAUAAUCAAAUGGUCAUGACCACAAUAAGUAAUGGCAGGGACCCACGGAGAGCCUUUAAAAGAUGACCUAUGCCAAAUACUCACAUGUAGUUUUUGAACUACAUGCCCUACUUGAACACUUAUUGCACUUUUAUUUAUUGUUAACUGUGAAAAGUAUGUCCUUUGUGGUUUCCUUUUAUGUUUUUGAUUUGUUAAGAAGAGUGGUUUGUUUUUUAUAGCAAAACUGUUAAGCUGCUCAAGUCUCCUAAUGAAGAAUGGGAACACUCUGAAAAGUAGGAACAUUUAUUUUUAGGGCAAAAAAAUUGUUGGAUAGCCUCUAAAAACCCUGCACCCAUUUUAUGGGUGAAUUACUUAAGACAUCAGCGUUAUGGCCUCUAUGAGUCUAUCUUCUAUAUAAAUUUUGUAAUAUUUAACAUAAGGCUUAGUGGAAAGAUGUUCUUUUGUCUUGAAUUCAGAUAUUGUCAACUAAAGCAAUAACCACCAAAAAACACAAAAAUUUGAUUAAUGAUAAUAGCAAUUUUCGAGUGUUUGUGGCUCCAGGAAUGAUUGACUUCACUGAGUGACUGUCGUCAAGAUUUUCCAAGGACUGAAUCAUCCUAAAUUCUUGUUUUAUUAUCAGAAAACCAGAUUCUUUAUCAGAAUUAUGGAAUGGAAUGUGAUCUAUCUUGUAACUAGUAGUUUUUAAAAGAAAGCCACAUUUAUUUUAGAGUAGUGCUCUUAACAUUUCUUAAACUUUGUGUAUUACAUUGAAGGAAAAUUUAAAACGGAGGCCUUGAUUAUUUAUUUUUUGAAACUGCCACAUUAAAAUAUUAUAAUCUGAGGGAGUUGUAAAGUCAUAAUAAACAUUGAUGUAAUUAUUUUUAAAAAUAAUUAUGGUGGAUAAACACAGUGAAGGUGAUUCAAAUUGAAUUCAUGUAGUAAUAUGAAGUCUUAAGUUAUAGGUCCUAGGUACUUACAGGUACUCAGCCUGGAGGGAAAAUCCUAGGUACUUUAUUUGAGGGGUGUGUAUAUAUGUGUGGUCAAAGUUUCUGAACACAAUUCACGUAGCCUUAUUAGCAAAAGUUGAGAAAUGGCUCUCUCAAGCAAUUACAGCUUUAUUCAGAAGUGUGAAGGUCUUAUUGUUUGUCAUAAAUGAUACUUAUUUCCACUUUUUACUGUAGGGUGGAUAACUGGUAAAUUUUUCCUUUGUUAGAAUUCAACUCUUCUUGAAUAUUAUCUCUUGAAUAAAACUUGCAUUAAUGUUAACCUA